AUGCGUGAAAUCAGAAUUGAGAAGUUGGUUCUCAACAUCUGUGUCGGUGAAUCCGGUGAUAGAUUGACCAGAGCCUCUAAGGUUUUGGAGCAGUUGUCUGGUCAGACCCCAGUCCACUCUAAGGCCCGUUACACUGUCCGUACCUUCGGUAUCAGAAGAAACGAAAAGAUCGCUGUCCACGUCACCAUCAGAGGCCCAAAGGCUGAAGAAAUCUUGGAAAGAGGUUUGAAGGUUAAGGAAUACCAGUUGAAGUCUAAGAACUUCUCUGAGACCGGUAACUUCGGUUUCGGUAUCAACGAGCACAUCGACUUGGGUAUCAAGUACGAUCCAUCUAUUGGUAUUUACGGUAUGGACUUCUACGUCGUUUUGGGUAGAGCCGGUGCCAGAGUCGCCAGAAGAAAGAGAUGCAGAGGUGUCAUUGGUAACUCCCACCUUCCAAACAAGGAAGACUCCAUUACUUGGUUCAAGCAGAAGUACGAUGCUGACGUCUUGAACAAAUAA